AUGGAGGGAGCUGACUCCUGCACGUUGUCACCCAUCUGCCCUGGCAAGGUCACAUCCGUGGAGGGUGUCUCUGAAGGCAAGCCCCAGCUGCCGGCAGCCGCUGCAAAGAAUGCGAGGAGUCAAAACAGUCGCGCCCAGCGGCGCCGCACCGCCACGGACUGCGCCACGCAGGAGGACCAGUGUCAUCCCAGGAAGAUCUUCAUAGGUGGUCUCGCGCACAAGACGACAACGCAACACCUCAGGGACUACUUCGUGAAGUACGGCGGGAUUGUGGAUGCCGUUGUUCUGCGCUGGCCUGAUGGGCGCUCCCGUGGCUUUGGCUACGUCACAUUCUCCGAGGUGCAAGGUGCCCAGGCGGCUCUGAAUGAUGCGCACCAGAUUGGGGGCCGACAAGUGGACGUCAAGAGGGCUGUGCCCGGCACGAACAAGCUCUUCGUCGGGGGCUUGCCGCAGAACACUGCUGCAGCUGAACUCCGAGAGCACUUCGAGGCAUUUGGAACCGUGUCUGACGCGGUGGUUAUGAUUGAUCCGGCCACCAACCGCUCCCGUGGCUUUGGCUUCGUUUGCUUCCUGCCGGGCCAGGAGGGUGCCGCUUCUGCGGCCUUUGCUCUGGAGCAGUACGAGCACCAUCGGAUUCGUGGCAAGUGGAUUGAGGUAAAGAGUGCGGCACCUCCACACAAGCUGGCCAAGGAUGGCGCUGCCUCGUCGCCCUCAGCGGCUUCAGAGUCAGGUGGUCCUCCUCAGCUGUGCCUGUCCUCGCCCGCAGCCUCACCAACCGCCAGUCCUUUGGCAGGAAGCCCACAAUCGUCCACGUCUGCUGCCACUCCACAGGUGAUGUCUCUGGCGCAGGCACUGCGCAUGCCCCUUAAGGGCCAGAGCCCUGAGGCCGGGCCACAAGCCCAGGAGCGGCCGGUGGCCUCCCCGCAGCAUCGCAACCGAACGGUGCGCAACCUUGGCCUGCCCUCGAAGUCGCUGGAGCCGCAGAAGGUGAUGCUUCCUGGCGCGGUGGGCAGCCCGCCAGGACUUGGCGCCACAGCUGCAGCCGCGUUGGCCGCCAUGCGUGCCCAACUGGGCUCCCCCCCGGGACUGGAGGUCGAGGCCGAAGCCGAGGAGGGGGAGGCCGAGGAGGCCGACCUCGAAGAGGAGGAAGAGUCUGCAGGAAUGGACGCCACGCCCGUGAUCGCAGAUGCAUCCCCUGAGAGCCGCCUUGCAAUGUCUCCCACGGUCGCUGGCCGUGAGUCGGAUGCGGAGGGCGACGCCCACAAGCUGGGCGAAAGGAACACCGUCGACUUCUGCAACAGCUUCGAGUUGCACAGGAGCUUGGAGCAGCUGAUCCGCCUGCGAGCCGAGACCGCCGAGACCUCAAGCCGCUAA